AUGUCUGUGAUCGAAAUCGAGUCUGACGAGCAGUUCUCGCAACUUACCAAGGCAGAGCCAACGCGUCUUAUCGCACUCUACUUCCACACGCCAUGGGCUGCUCCUUGUCAAACUAUGAAUUCAGUCAUCAAGACGUUAGCCCAAGCCAAUCCUGAUGUGACCUUUCUUUCCAUCGAUGCCGAUGUCCAGCUGGAUAUCAGUGAAUUGUUUGAAGUUUCGGCUGUUCCUUACAUAAUUUUGAUCCGCAAUUCAACAAUCUUGAAGGAGUUGAGUGGUGCAGAUCCUAAGGAGUUCAUUGCAGCUUUAAACCAAUUCUCCGGCUCUAAACCCGCCACUAAUGGCGUCGCCGAGCCGGCUGCAUCACCCUCAGCACCAUCUUCAGCACCCCCAGCUGUUUCUGAGGAUCCUACUCCUGAGGAGUUGAGUGAGCGCUUAAAGAAGUUGACAACUGCAGCUCCAGUUAUGCUUUUCAUGAAGGGAUCUCCAUCGUCACCUCAGUGUGGCUUCUCGAGACAAAUGGUUGCUAUCUUGAGAGAACAUCAAGUUAGAUUCGGUUUCUUCGAUAUCUUGAAGGAUGACACAGUCAGACUGGGGUUGAAGACUUUCUCCGAUUGGCCAACUUUUCCUCAGUUGUACAUGAAUGGUGAGUUCCAGGGAGGUUUGGAUAUUAUUAAGGAGCUGCUUGAAGAAGACCCAGACUUCUUCGCUAGUGCUGUGGCCGCUUAG